GGGGCUUCCGGGGCUGCGGGGUUGCCAUAGCGGGGCGUGAUGCGAUCACGCCAGGCGCUGCGUCAAAGGGCGGCUCCUGAGAUGCGGGGACUGCAGUAGAGCCCGUGCCCGCCGCCUCGUCGUCUGUCUCGUCGCCGGGAGCCCGUGGGUGCUGGUGGUGCUGGUGGUGGUGGUGGCGGAGGCGGAGGAGCGGGCCAGCCACCCCCGCCGCCGCCCAACGCCGCCGGCUUCGGUCCCGCUCUAGCGCCGUCGCCGGGGAGCGAGCGGGACCCCCUCCAAAAAAACACAGAAAAAAAAAAGAAAAGAAAGAAAAAAAGAACAAAAAAGAGACAGAGAGAGAAAAGACCCCCCCUCUUUUUUCUCCGCCACUCCGCCCCUUGAGACCCCCAACUCCCCACUGCAGCCGCCGGAAGACCGCCGCUCCCGGAGCACCCUCGCACCCUCGGCCGGACUCAGCCCGAGGUCGGGGGCGCGGCGGCCCGUGUCCCCGCGUGUGUGCGCGCGCGCACCGGCCAGCGGGCCUCCCCGGACAGCCCGGGCGCGCUAUGAAAUCGGCUGUGAGCCUGCGCAAGGGCGGAUCGGGCAGCAGCCGGAGCAGCAGCUGGAGCGGACGGCGCGAUGGCAGUAAGGGACGCAGAGACGAUGGCGGCCGCUCGGGGAGCAAGGGGCGCUCGGGGAGCAAGGGGCGCAGCUCCAGCGCCAAGGGGCGGCGCGCCGGCAGCCAGGGGCGCAGCGGCGGCUCGGGGCGCAGCGGCGGCGGCGGCUCGGGGAGCCAGGGGCGCAGCGGCGGCGGCAGCGGCAGCAGCUCGGGGCGCCAGGGGCGCAGCGGCAGCAAGGGGCGCACGGGGAGCCAGGGGCGCUCCGGUAGCAAGGGGCGUGCGGGGAACCAGGGCCGUGCGGGGAGCAAGGGCCGUGCGGGGAAUAAGGUUCAUGCGGGGGGCGCGCUACGUGCGGGGGGUGCCGGUGGGUACGGGGCGCGGGCACGCGGCUUCGGAGGCGGCGGCGGCGGCCGGGGCCGGGGGCGCAGCGGCGGCGGCGGCGACCCCCGCGAGCGGGGUGGGCAAUGGCGCGCCGGCGUGGUCAAGAACAAGAACCGCCGCCGGAAGCGCGCCGCCAACCUAAUCACAGUGGAGCCGCACCGGCACGCGGGCGUGUUCAUCUACCGCGGCGGCGCCGACGCGCUCGUCACCCUGAACCUGGUGCCGGGCCACUCGGUGUACGGCGAGCGGCGCGUGACGGUGAUCGAGGGCACGGAGAAGGUGGAGUACCGCAUGUGGAACCCGUUCCGCUCCAAGCUGGCCGCCGCCAUCCUGGGCGGGGUGGACCAGAUCCACAUCAAGCCCAAGUCCAAGGUGCUGUACCUGGGCGCCGCGUCGGGCACCACCGUGUCGCACGUGUCCGACAUCAUCGGGCCCGAGGGCCUGGUCUACGCCGUGGAGUUCUCGCACCGCACGGGCCGCGACCUGGUCAACGUGGCCAACCGGCGCACCAACAUCAUCCCGGUGCUGGAGGACGCGCGCCACCCGCUCAAGUACCGCAUGCUCAUCGGCAUGGUGGACGUCAUCUUCGCCGACGUGGCGCAGCCCGACCAGUCGCGCAUCGUGGCGCUCAACGCGCACACCUUCCUGCGCAACGGCGGCCACUUCCUCAUGUCCAUCAAGGCCAACUGCAUCGACUCCACCGCCUCGCCCGAGGCCGUGUUCGCCUCCGAGGUGAAGAAGCUGCAGCAGGAGAACCUCAAGCCGCAGGAGCAGCUCACGCUGGAGCCCUACGAGCGCGACCACGCCGUGGUCAUCGGGGUCUACCGCCCCUCGGCCAAGAGCAGCGGCGGCGGCAGCAGCAGCAGCAACUAGCCCAGCGACGCCCCCCAGCCCCCAGCCCCCAGCCCCGCGCCCCGGCCCCGGGACCCCGCCCCGGCACCCCCCCCACCGCGCACCCCGCCCCGACUCAGCGCGCCCAGCUCCCUGCACCCCCGCACGGGCUCCCCCCGGACCCCCGUCCCUCCCCGAAGCUGUGUUCAGUGUGUUCACUGUGGCUGUGUUUCCCCUCUCCCUCGGUGUCCGCCUUUCCUUUGGUAUUCGAUUAAAUGGCAUA